GUGCUGUGGCCCAGGUGUAUGAAGCCCGCUCAGAACCCAGCGUUGGGGGAGUCUGCCUGGCGUUAUAAGGAUGGAGGGGUGGUGUGCCUGGUCAGGGAUCAGACACUGAGAUCCUGCUUCCUCCGCCUGUACAGCGUCAAGAUAGGAAAACUGCUGUGGGAACAGGAGCUCUACACCACAUUCAAGUACUCUGCCCCCCGCCCAUUCUUCCACAGCUUCCUUGCAGAUGAUUGCCAAGCAGGUUUGAACUUUCGCAGACGAGGCAGAAGCGGAAAGGUUUCGCACUGCUACGGACAUGCAGAUCCUACACAUGAAGGAAAGGGCAGGCGCGGCCAAACAGCUUGGACCCAGGACACAAAUUACAGGAUCCUCUUCCAGCUGGUUCUUCAAGAAGACAUCAGUCCCAUCUGAUGUCAGCUGUCCCUCCACAACGAAAUAUUCCACCCCCGCAAACUGGACCCACGACCAAGGCUUUGAUGUAAGUGUGAUUAAAAGAGGGAAGUAACUGUACAAAAUCAAUGCCAUUCUGUGUGUAAGUACAUUGUCGAAUACAGAAACAGGGUACGGCCACUCCCAGUGAUGUUACAAAAAGAUAGAUGCAUUUUAUACAUUAUACGUUAACAAUAGACAAUCAGACUUCAUUGAUGUCACCACAUUUUUAUCGCCUCUUUUUGUUUCGCUUUCCUUGCGAUCUCUAUAUCGUUUGGCAGGUCAAUAAUCUGGAUCCAGCUCUGCAGAAGCUCUUUACAAAAGCAGGCAUUCGAGAGAAGCACUGCGG